UCCCGCGAUUAGAUGUGUGUUUUGUCGGUGUCGGUCAAAAUGUAUGUCACUUUUACUGCAUCAAUUUAGCCUUUGUCCGACUCAGUGCGACUAUUGUACUGGACAUCAUUUUUGAAACGUUCACCUCUGGCUUUAAUUAUCUUUUUCUAAAUUGUAUAUGAGUGUUGUAAUUGCAAGAAGCUGCAGACGGUUUGUGAAAGUGAUUUCGGGAGUGCAGCGGAGAAAAUUCGGGGCCGAAAUACAGAGAAGUUAUUGGUGUCUUGCCUUGUUUUGCAGACGACAGCGAAAUUGUGUUGAAAUUCAAGCAGGUAGCUUCAAGACAAAUUCAGCCGGCAAGAUGGCUCAGCGAUCCAUCAUGUCCUUCUUUAGCCCAAAGAGGCAAAUUGGAACGAAAGAUAAAGUGACAACUGCCGACUGCAAAAAAGAUGACAGGUCACCCCUAAGAGUAAAGAAUGGGACCAGCGCUUCCCCCGUCGAACCGACUCGUAAGAAAUCACGCCGCAUCCUGGACAGUGACGAUGAAGAUGCCAGUGAAAACUUACACAACGGAAGCAAAGGGGACACGCCCACUAAGGAGACCACACCCACUAAGGAGACCACACCCAUCAAGUCUAAGGCCACACCUAGCAAGGACACACCCAUGGAAGUGGAAACACCCAAGCGGAAGCAAGAGGCAUCCGGUGCAGCCUCAAUGACCCCUGACCUCAAACCGGACUCACCUUCGACCCCAUCACAUCCUAUAGUGACUGUCUCUCCUUCAUCAGGAGGCAUCCCACUCAGAAAAACUGCAAGGAAGCACAUGAGGAAGAGGAAAGCUGAGGAGACUGAUGAGUCUGGGGAUGCUUCUCCAAACUCUAAGGAGGAUUCUGAGAUGAAGAAGAUGAAGACAUCAUCUUCACCCGUCCAAGAAAAGAUGAAGACCUCAUCUUCACCCAUCCAAGAAAAGAAUAACAAAUCUGGCGAUGUUGAUGAGAAAACCCAACCUUUGGUGUCAAAAGUCAAAGUAGAAAAGAAAGAGGAACUUGACAGAGGUGAUGAUUUAAUCCAGGAAGAGGUCAAAGGUCAAGGGGAAAAACCAGAGGGCAAAUCAAAGAAGGAAAAGUCUCCCAAGAGUAAAAAAUCUGAGAAAAAGGAGAAGAAGUCAGAGACAAAAAAGGAGAAAACACCACCCAAAAAGGGCACCAAAAGGGAAGUGAAGAAGCCAUCGCCACAAGAGGAACCAAUGGAAACGGAUGAAGAAGUUGUUCAAGAAAAGUCGCCCAAGGUGAAGAAGGAGGUUUCGUCACCUGUAAGCAGUAAAACAGUCAAGAAAAGCCAAGAGCCUGAGGAUGAUAAGAAGACUCCAUCUAAAGAGACGAAGACACCAGCCAAGAAUUUCUUUGGAAUGUCGUCCAAGUCUUCCUCGGAUAAGAUAUCGUACAAUCCGGGAGCAUCUCACUACCAUCCUGUCAACAGUGCCUACUGGAAGCAAGGAGAAAAAGUACCAUACUUUGCCCUAGCUCAAACCUUUGAGAUCAUUGAGGCAACAUCAGGUCGUUUGAAGACCAUCGAGAUCCUGUCGGAUUUCUUGACGUCUGUCUUGGUGCUCAGUCCCCAAGACUUAGAGAUGUGCAUCUACUUGUGCCUCAAUAAGAUCGCUCCGGCUUAUGAAGGGAUAGAGUUAGGGAUUGGAGAGACACUGCUCAUGAAAGCCAUCGCUCAAAGCACAGGUCGAACGUUAGAGAAAGUCAAAGCUGAUGCAGCUACACAAGGGGAUCUUGGACUCGUUGCUCAGAGUAGCCGUAGCAACCAGCGAACGAUGUUUACCCCACCGAGACUGACUGUGCUGAAAGUGUUCAACACUCUUAAGGAAAUCGCUACAAUGUCUGGCAACUCUUCGAUGUCGAGGAAGAUUGAUAAGAUUAAGGGUCUGUUGGUUGCAUGCAGGGAUUGUGAAUCCAAGUAUCUUAUUAGGUCACUUGGUGGGAAACUACGCAUAGGUCUAGCAGAACAGUCUGUACUCGUUGCUAUUGGUCAUGCAGCUGUCAUUACUCCCCCUGGAACAGAUCCAAGUAAAAUUUCUGCCAAGUCUAAGAUAUCAGACUCAAUGAAGAAGAAGAUGGAUGAUGCUGCUCUCAUUAUCAAGACGACAUAUUGUGAGCUUCCAAACUACGGAGCUAUAGUUCCUGUCCUUCUGGAGCACGGACUUGAAGAGCUACCCAACCAUUGCAAGCUGACUCCAGGCAUCCCCCUCAAGCCCAUGCUGGCCCAUCCCACCAAAGGGGUAUCGGAAGUCCUCAAUAGGUUCCAGAAUAUGGCGUUUACUUGUGAAUAUAAAUAUGACGGAGAGAGAGCUCAGAUUCAUCUGCUUGAUAAUGGUGAGAUUCACAUCUACAGUAGAAAUCAAGAGAACAAUACUUCCAAAUAUCCAGACAUUAUCAAACGGUUACCAAGCGCUUACAGUGCCGACAAGGUGAAGUCAUGCGUGUUGGAUGCUGAAGCCGUUGCCUGGGAUCGAGAAAAUCAGCAGAUUCUGCCAUUUCAAGUUCUUAGUACGAGGAAGCGUAAAGAUGCAGAUGAAUCUGAAAUCAAAGUUCAAGUCUGCCUCUUUGUCUUUGAUCUCUUGUAUCUAAAUGGAGAGUCUCUGGUAACUAAGACGCUUCGUAAGAGACGUGAUUUACUUCAUUCCCACUUCAGUCCGGUUGAAGGAGAGUUCAUGUACGCUACAUCCAUGAUCUCUACAGACACAGAAGAUAUUGCUGUCUUCCUCGAUGAAUCUAUCAAAGGUAACUGUGAAGGGUUGAUGGUAAAGACACUGGAUGACGAUGCCACAUAUGAGAUUGCGAGGCGCUCACACAACUGGCUCAAAUUGAAGAAAGACUACCUUGAAGGUGUUGGCGACACCCUUGAUUUGGUGGUGAUUGGAGGUUACCACGGGCGUGGCAAGAGGGCAGGAACAUACGGAGGAUUCCUAUUGGCUUGUUACGAUGAAGAAAAUGAAGAGUUCCAGACAAUCUGUAAAAUUGGAACCGGACUAAAAGAUGAUGAGUUAGACUCACACAGUAAGUUUUUCAAAACUCACGUCAUCGAGAAGCCCCGUCCGUACUAUCGCCAUGACAGCAGCCACAUCCCUGACCAUUGGUUUGAUGCGGUUCAGGUUUGGGAGGUCAAAGCGGCCGAUCUCUCUAUAUCACCAACCCACCGAGCGGCCAUCGGCAUUGUUGACCCCGAGAAGGGAAUCUCGUUAAGAUUUCCUCGUUUCCUGAGGGUACGAGACGAUAAGAAACCUGAGGAGGCAACAAGCAGCUCACAGGUUGGGACGCUUUAUAACAGUCAAGACCAGAUUAAGAAUCAGAAAGCGUCUGGCGUCUUCAAGACUAAGGACAAUGAAGACUUCUAUUGAGUAAAAAAUCUCACCCUACUCCAACACAGAGGGCAGUAUAAAGUUUUGUUCGUAGUUAGUCACUGCGAGAAAAAAAAAACCUGUCAGUGUCGCAUCUGAACCACCAUAGCUGUCUGCCAAUUCAUUUCGGACGUGGACCAGUAAGCCACUUUCAUGGUACUCCUCUUUUGUUUCAAAAUAUAAUUUUAAGACAAAUGAAGCGCUAUCAAUUUUUGUAAAUACAAAUUCCCUUCCCGACCUUAAUAUUGUUCCAGACCCUAUAAUUAAUAGUAAAAGUAUUGAACAAAUAUUAUUAACAAAAUAGGUUUUAUUUAGUGAUACCCAGUGUUUAUAAAAACUACAUCAUCUGCAUUUAAAAAAACAUAAGAGUUAUUAUUACAUUAUUAUAAUACAAAGUGGGACUUGAAACUUUGAAACGUUGGUUUCAACCCGACGUUUCGAUCAGUGUGCUCUGAUCGUCUUCAUUAUUCUUGUAAUGAGUUAUAAGGGACUCUCAAAAGCAUCUUGCACUUCGACUCAAACCAUAUGGACAUAAAAGCUUGUAAUUUUCCUGUUCAAUUUAUUUGUGACUGAAGAUUUUAUGAGGCGUGUACAUAAAUGAAACAAUUUCAAAAUAUUGUAAUUAAUACUUCAAGAAAAAGUUGAAAGUAUCUGCUAAAAGUAGUUGUUUGAACAAGAUUUGGUUUUCAUCUAAAGUUUAUCAAAAUGAACAAUACGGUCGAGUUGUAUGUAUGACAUUUUACCCUUCGCACGAUCAGAAAACAAUUCUUCAUUUCAUGGAGUUGUAAGAAAAUGAAAUGUACAUAGUGUUAGCCGAUUGCUCUAUGUUCAGACAUCCCUAUAUUCCGCUAACCCCAUGCUCUGAUAACUCCUCUGGGUGACAAGAUUUCACAAGGGAUAUUUGGACAUUCAUAAACAAAAUUCCUCUCAUACGAGGUUCAUUUUGUAAAAUUUCACAAUCAUGUUAAAAUUUAGCAAGGGACCCUUGCUAAGUUUAUGUGUGAAAAGGUCAUUGAUCUACACAAUGGGUUAGGGAGGUAACUUAGGGAUGUCAUAACAUAAGUAUGUGUCUAAAUGAUUAAAGACACUGAACACUAUUGGUAAUUGUCAAAGACCAGUCGUCUCACUUGGUGUAUCUCAACAUAUGCA